AUGAUCGCCGAUUUCCGAAUCGUAAACAUCAACUACUUUCCAAGAGAGUCGCACCUUGUGCUUUUUCGCGACCCCUGGAGCUUUCCCACCCUUUACCACCCGGGCUGUAAUAACCUUGUGCGUGCGCAUCUUGGAGAUUUGGCUCAAAAGAUUGUUGCCGUUUGCGUCUCCCUUGGGGAAUAUCCUUUAAUUCGAUACUUUCGGCCCAAAGACCCAACUCAUGAAGCUAGCGUCUUGAGCUCUCACUUGGCACGUUUUGUACAGGACGAGCUUGACGCCUAUGCAGCGUCGCGGGAAGACUUUCCUCCUCCGUCCUCCAGGCCACGGGGCGUUCUCUAUGUAGUCGACAGAUCCCUAGAUCUUGUCGCCCCCUUAAUCCACGAAUUCACAUAUCAGGCCAUGGCUCACGAUCUUCUCCCUAUCAAGGAAGGGGAAAAGGUGACGUAUAACACUACCAUUAAUAGCGGAGAGCCGAAUCAGCAGACAAAAGACUUGGAGAUCUCUGAAAAUGAUAGCAUCUGGGUAGAAAGUCGCCAUUUGCACAUGAAAGAUCUCCUUGGAAACGAUUCCCCUGCAAACGUGAAUACACUUAAGGAUAUGUUAGCUGGACUAUCGAAAUUUCAAGAGGGAAAGAAUUCGUAUACGCUGCAUCUUAAUAUGGCGGAAGAGUGCAUGCGAUUGUUUCAGGAACGCAAUCUACCAGAGCUCGCUUCCGUUGAGCAGUCACUUGCCACCGGUUUAGAUGAAGAUUACAAAAAGCCCAAGAAUCUUGCUGACCAGGUUGUGCGACUCCUCGAUGACGAGCGCGUUCAACCGCAUGAUCGGCUAAGGCUAAUAAUACUUUACCUUUUAUAUCGAGGCGGGCUUCUCGCUGCCGAUAUCAAAAAGCUACUUGCUCAUUCGCAGCUUCCCCCCCAGGACGGCGAGGUCGUCUAUAAUUUCGACUUGUUAGGGGCACGAGUCGAGAAACCACUAAAGGAUACGAAGCAGCCGAGCCAACCACUGUUCGUUCGGAAGCCCCCCGUGCAAACAGAAGAUGACACGAGCUUGUCUAGAUAUGAACCUAACUUAAAAUUAAUGAUACAAGAGCAAAUACGGGGCGCAGUGGACACAUCAUUGUUUCCUUCUACUCGCCCUCAGAUGGAUGGUGGCGAUGGUAUGGGCCAAGAUGCGGUCUCCCAAGCAUCUCUUAGAAGCGCGAAGCCUACCUGGGCCAGGACACGUCCAUCAGCAACCGAACCUCGUCAGAGAAUAAUUGUUUUCAUGGCCGGUGGAGCGACCUAUUCCGAGGCGCGAUCCUGUUAUGAGCUAUCUCACGCUCACAACAAAGAUAUCUAUCUUGUUACAUCACAUAUGCUUACUCCAAGCUUGUUCUUACGCCAAAUCGGGGAUUUAAGCGUCGACAAACGACGACUUAAUCUACCCGCUGAGCAACCGAAACCACAAGCACCCCGACAUUUAUUCGAAAUGGAGCCCCCGCCAAAGUUGCCGUCGCAACAGCUGCGACCUCAGCCUCCGCCGCUGACAGCGUCAAAGUCGUUGGCACCUCCAACUGCUGGCCUUGCUUCUUUGACCAUGAGCUCCCAAGAAGAUCCGCGAAGAGUCAAGUCAUUCGGCGAAUCUGCACCAGCGCAACCACAUGGAAUGCUGUCGAAAAGCGAGCAAAAGCUCAGCAAGAAGGACAAGGACAAAGAUAAGAAAGAUAAAGACAAAAAGGAUAAGGAUAAGAAGAAGCGGUUCUUUAAAUAG